CUCAGGCACCACACGCCCAUUAUGAGACGGUCCUCUUUAACCAGUACAUUAUAGUAUCGUGAGUAUAAACAUAACGUACUUCUACACAGCCAAUUCAAUUUUGCGCUUUGGAACUUCAAGAGAAAGUCAGCGUGUGAGCCAUGAAGUCCAGCUUCUCUCUGUUUUUCGUCUUGCUGCUGGUGGCAUACGGCUCCGGAGCCAUCAUCACAGGGUCAUGUGAAAAAGAUCCACAAUGUGGUGGCGGUAUGUGCUGCGCGGUCAGUCUGUGGAUACGUAGCCUUCGGAUGUGCAUGCCGAUGGGAAUGGAGGGAGAGGAGUGCCAUCCUAUGAGCCAUAAGGUUCCAUUCAGUGGGAAGAGACUCCAUCACACAUGCCCGUGUUUGCCAAACUUGGCAUGUAUUACUACAGAGGAAGGCAACUCCAGAUGUCUCUCACUAUCCAAGUUCCAAGAUUAUUAUCUCUGAGCUAUAUACAUGGUCAUUUGUGCUAUGAAGGCUGUAUAAAAAUGUAUAGUGUCCUAUUUGUUUAAUUCGUUUAUGGAAGUAUGAAUAUUUAUUGAGAAACAACACCUUACGUUUAAUAUAUUGAGCCAUCACCAAUCAAUGCUGUCUAAUAAUGUCUUCAUUAAUAAAAUAAAAGAUCAUGAUUAUGU